AAAAUCAAUAUCGGAAACUUCGCCUGUGUGGGGCGUAUCACUCCGAGAAUUCAUCAAGUUGCAGUUGUGUGCAGAUGUCCUGUGUACGAACAUUCUGUUAAAAUACCUCGGUCGUUAUGAGAAGACUUUGUCAUUUCGAUUUUGUUGUAUCUGGUCCUUACGAAACGAUUACAAUGACUGGUCCCAAUGAGUCCGUACACAUCAGGUGUCAGUUCUGAAUCAUCUCCGGCGACUGAGCGAGCACUUGUUCAGUGACGUGCCAUUGUAUCGACGGUCAUAGGUCAAACUCGUGAAAAGGUGAAGGCCGUCGUAGCAGACAGAAUGAGGGUUCCGAAAAUGGCGGAGCUACAAUUUGAAGCUCCUCUUGCAUCGAUUGAAACAGAAGAUUGGAAUGAAUUCAACGAGUUUCAAACAGCUAAGACGACAGAAGAUGAAAAUUGUAACGAAGACACAUUAGGCAAGGACCUUCCGAAGGAAAGUAACGAUAAUAGUGUGGCCGAGAAUUUCGGUGAAACAUUUUCUGGUUCUCUUGAGGAUUUAGUGAACUCAUUUGACGAAAAAAUAUCCAAGUGCUUUUGCAAUUUUGAAGAACAGGUGGACAAAUUUGCUCCUGUACAGAUCAGGACGCAAGAGGAAAUUGUGAAUGACUGCCAAAUGUGGUGGACUAUAACAGGGAAUUUUGGCAACAUCCUUCCUAUUGACUGGUCGAAGACAUACACAAGGCAGCUGCACACCAAAGUUCUCAACCUGGGGGAGAAAAGGGAACCAGAGGUCCUUGAUCUGGACCUCUCCGAUGAUGAGGAGUUGGCCCAGGCCUUCGACAUGCACUCUCUCAUCAUCUCCAGCCUGCAGCCCGAGGAGUCCGACCAUGUGGCCUCCGCUGAGGAAGUCAUCAGUGAGAUCGACACCAUGAUGCAGGAACCUGACCUGGAUGAUGUGCCAAUGGGCCUGGAGGGAGAGAUCCCUGAGGAUCUGAGCUACACCAAGCUGAAGGAGACACUUGCCAAUCUUCCAGCAUACCCUGAAGCAGAGCUGAAGGGAAUGAACAACACUGAGCUGCAUGAAGUCCUGGCAGAGUAUGAGCUGACCAUCAAGGAGCUGAACGAGACAUUAGUGCAUGAGCUGGCCCUACGCGAUGAGCUGGAAUACGACAAGGAGCUGAAGAACCAGUUCAUCUCCCUUCUUCUCACUAUCCAGAAGAAGAGACGCGAGGGCAACGUGGAGAAGAAAAAGAAGAAGAAGUGCAGUGCAAACAACAAUGAAAAUUCCACCAGUCCAGGAUCGUACCUGACCACUGUGAUCCCGUACCACCUACACCAGGGGCCGCCAUCCUCAGAGCAGCUCCAGAUCUAUAUCAAAAUUUUACAGGCCAUCAAUGAAGACAGCCAGACAGUUCCAACCCUGCUGACUGACUACAUCCUCAAAGUACUUUGCCCGACAUAAUAAGAUAUAGUCUGCCACUUGAGGGCGUUGGUCAUAAUAUUCUGCCACGAUCCCGCUGAAAUAUCGACAAGAUGCUGUCAUCAUUGCAACAACAAGCUAUCACUGCAGACGUCAAAUACAGCUUGUAGUAUUACCAGAGGUAGCACCCACUUUACCCAGUGUUCACUUCUGCCAAGUUUACUGAUAUGUUAUUGGUAAUCUCUGAACCGUGUGAAACUACUAGUAUGGUUAAGAGGAGAUAUAUGACAAGGGGAUUGGUUUUAAACCAGUUUUCAUGCUAUUUGAAAGGGCAAGAAAACAAUGGGUUUUCUUACUAAUAUCGACAUUUGUUAACAAGUGUCACGAAAACUCUCUCGCUUAGCCUUCAGCAGUCAG